UUGAGAAAAAAGCGAGUGACUUGCUCCGGUAGCAGGCACGUCCCCAAAGACCCCUCCGGCCAAUCCAUCCUCAGUCCAGCGUCCAAAAGAAAAUAAUCGUUUGUUUGAAGAAAAUUUUUGCUGCCUUCCAUACAUAGAUACCGUCGUUAAAGCCGUUUCAGAGCCGUUCAGAAAGCCGUCGGUCAAAAAGAAAUUGUCCAUCCUUGGGUCCGGAAGAGUCGGCCUGGUGGUUUGUUGAUAUAACUAAAUAAACCGAAUGUACAAACCUCCUGUUUAUUCUGGGCCAUCGAGAACAUAGGCUUGGAUUGAACCAUUGAACGAAGAAGCACUAUCCAUGCCCGAGCCAGCGAUCCCGUCGAUGUCCAGCAAGCUUCAGACAGCUCCCAAACGUAGCCAGUCAACCAUGAACGGUUCGCAGGCGGUCCACGGUAAAGGUACAUUGUGAACCAAACUUCCCAUCCCUUCCUGUCAAACCAUGUCCACACGCCGGCUGUUCUUCACGGCCGAGAUGGAGCCAACCUGGUCUCUCGUUCGUUGUGUUGUCCAUGUGAAAGAUAUAUAUAUCCACCUAGCAGAGCGCUGGGGAACCUGGUCACAUCCCAAGCGGGCUCGAAAGCAGAUCCCCACGUUCGCACAGCGUACGCCGUCCUCGAGCCAGCGCGAGCCAGCAUCGUCGUCUCUGAGACGGGUGUUUGAGCCGCCAUCCACGGCUGCAGCCAGCUCGAAGCCGCCGCCGCUCCGCGAGAGCCAGCAGCAACGCCAGAACAAGUCGGCUUCUGCGCCGCGGCCUCGCACUGCCAGAGCUCCCAUCCCGCAUUUCCGUACGUAUAGCCACACGCAGAGCAGCGCGGCGAAGUCGAAGGCGGCCGUGGCCCCGGAGCCAGAGGACGAGGACGCCCUGGCGAUAGCGCGCAUCCACGCCUGGCUGGACAAGGUCGACGACGAGCAUAUUGCGGCCGAAGUGGAGGCAGAGCGACGAGCAAAAGCCCGCCGGGUCUGCGAAGAGCGGCCGGCAGAGCAGCCGACCAAGCCGGCUGAAGCUGAAGCCGUCCAAAAUGCGCCUGGAGUUGGUGAUGUUGAGGUUGACGUCGAGGCCGACGUUGAAGUUCCGAAAACCCCCAAGGCUCCCAAGACGCCCACGAGAAACCGCCGCCUGGACCUGGAAACUGACGCCCCCCGCGUCGACAGCGGCUGGGGCACCGCAAGCCCAGCGAGCAUCGGCAUGGCCUUCAUGACGCCGCGGACGAUUCCUCGCAUCGAAGAAGACGACGCCGUCUGGGAGAUGCUCAGCCCGAAUGUGACGCCGUUCCGCAAGGGCAGAGGCCCGAAACGCACCCGCCGGCGCAGCUACUACGACGAAGACAUCUGGCCGAGUGCCUACAAGUCGCCGCAGGCUCUUGCUCAGCCAGUCCAUUGA